GAAAAUUGAUUUCAACGAAUGUGUUGCCUUCUGGAAGAGUGCUGCAAAGCUGUUUGCCAACAUUUUCAACUGAAAAUUAAUGCUAGGCAUCCUACUUAAGAGAAGAAUAGUUUCUUGUUAAGUAGUACCCCACAGUAAAAUCAAAAUGUACGGAAGUGCAAGAACAAUCAGUAACCUGGAAGGCAGCCCUGCCAGAUCUCCACGCUUGCCAAGAUCGCCUCGCCUGGGCCAUCGGCGAACAAGUAGUGGAGGAGGUGGAGGGACAGGUAAAACUUUAUCAAUGGAGAACAUUCAGUCACUUAAUGCUGCCUAUGCAACAUCUGGACCAAUGUAUCUGAGUGACCAUGAAGGUGUGGCAUCUACUACUUUCCCAAAGGGCACAAUGACUCUUGGAAGGGCUACAAAUCGAGCUGUAUACGGUGGACGAGUUACAGCGAUGGGAAGCAGCCCUAAUAUUGCUUCUGUUGGCCUCUCCCAUUCAGAUCUCCUUUCUUAUACUGAUCAGCAUGGAGGGUUGACCACUUCCUCACAUCAUCACCAUCAUCAAAUUCCUUCCAUGCUGAGGCAAGUAAGAGACAGCACCAUGCUAGAUUUACAGGCUCAACUGAAGGAGUUACAAAGGGAAAAUGACCUUCUAAGGAAAGAGCUAGACAUCAAGGAUAGCAAGCUUGGCUCUUCCAUGAAUAGCAUCAAGACCUUCUGGAGUCCAGAGCUUAAAAAAGAAAGAGUCUUGCGCAAAGAGGAAGCAGCCAGAAUGUCUGUUUUGAAAGAACAAAUGAGGGUUUCUCAUGAGGAGAAUCAGCAUCUUCAGCUAACAAUCCAGGCGCUCCAAGAUGAACUUCGAACCCAGAGGGACCUUAACCAUCUCCUUCAGCAAGAAAGUGGUAACCGAGGUGCUGAGCAUUUUACGAUUGAACUGACGGAGGAGAAUUUCCGAAGGCUUCAAGCUGAGCAUGACAGGCAGGCAAAAGAGUUGUUUCUCUUGAGAAAAACCUUGGAAGAAAUGGAGCUGAGAAUAGAGACCCAAAAGCAGACGCUGAAUGCCAGAGAUGAAUCCAUCAAAAAGCUUCUAGAAAUGUUGCAAAGCAAAGGGCUGCCAUCCAAAGGAAUGGAUGAUGAAAACGAAAGAACUCGGAGGAUGGCAGAAGCGGAAUCUCAGGUUAAUCAUUUAGAAGUGAUCUUAGACCAGAAAGAGAAGGAAAACAUCCAUCUUAGAGAGGAAUUGCACCGAAGGACACAACUUCAGCCUGAGCCAGCAAAAACAAAAGCUCUUCAAACAGUCAUAGAGAUGAAGGACACAAAAAUAGCUUCCCUGGAACGUAAUAUCAGAGAUCUCGAAGAUGAAAUACAGAUGUUGAAGACAAAUGGAGUUCUGAACACAGAAGAUCGAGAAGAAGAGAUCAAACAAAUAGAAGUUUACAAGAGUCAUUCCAAGUUCAUGAAAAAUAAGGUUGAUGCCUUGAGAUUACGUUUAGAAGAAAAAGAAAGUUUUCUUAAUAAAAAAACCAAACAACUGCAAGACCUCACAGAAGAAAAAGGAACUCUGGCUGGAGAAAUUCGAGAUAUGAAGGACAUGUUAGAAGUUAAAGAAAGAAAAAUUAAUGUUCUACAGAAAAAGAUCGAAAACCUUCAGGAGCAACUUAGAGAUAAAGACAAGCAACUAACUAAUUUGAAAGAUCGUGUGAAAUCACUACAGACAGAUUCCAGUAACACAGAUACAGCUCUAGCUACCCUGGAAGAAGCUCUCUCUGAGAAGGAGAGAAUUAUAGAGCGAUUAAAGGAGCAGAGGGAGAGAGAUGACCGUGAAAGAAUUGAAGAGGUUGAAUCCUUCAAAAAAGAAAACAAAGAUCUGAAAGAAAAAGUUAAUGCUUUACAAGCAGAGCUGACAGAAAAAGAGUCUAGCUUAAUUGACCUCAAAGAACAUGCAUCAUCGUUGGCUUCAGCAGGGCUGAAAAGAGACUCCAAAUUAAAGACUUUAGAAAUAGCCAUAGAGCAAAAGAAGGAAGAGUGUAGUAAGCUAGAAGCACAACUGCAAAAGCAAGCUGAACAAUUGUUCAAUCAGAUGUACAAUCCCAUGCCAAUUAGGAAUAAUGGGAAACAAGGGGCUCACGAAGCUGAGGAAGAAGCUCGGAAGAAUCCGGAAUUUGCUGAUCGAUUGAAGCAGCUUGACAAAGAGGCUGCCUACUAUAGAGAGGAAUGUGGCAAAACCCAAGCCGAGGUGGACAGGCUCUUAGAAAUCCUCAAAGAAGUAGAGAAUGAAAAAAAUGACAAAGAUAAGAAAAUUGCUGAGCUGGAAAGACACAUGAAGGAUCAAAACAAGAAGGUGGCCAACCUGAAGCACAAUCAACAAAUAGAAAAGAAGAAGAAUGCCCAAUUGCUAGAAGAAGUUCGGAGGCGUGAAGACAGUAUGACAGACAAUGCCCAGCAUUUGCAGUUAGAAGAAUUACGGAAUGCAUUGGAUAAGACCAGGCAAGAACUGGAUGCCACUAAAGCUCGCCUUGCCUCAACACAGCAGUCUCUGGGUGAGAAAGAAGCACAUCUGGCCAAUUUAAGACUAGAACGGAGAAAACAGUUGGAGGAGAUCCUGGAAAUGAAGUAA